AGCAGGCUGAGCAGCUAUCUACUUCACCCUUCUUCGUUAUCAUCGAAAAGCUUCCCUUUUUACGGGUCUCGAUCUUCAUUCGAGUCCUCCUUAGCGACCGGACCUCACCCAUCUCUCGACUCCGAUGGCAAGCGGCGGCGGCGGCGACGACGACGACCGGCAGCAAGUGGUCCUGAUCACCGGGUGCUCCCAGGGCGGCAUCGGGCACGCCAUGGCCCGGGCCUUCGCCGCCAGGGACUGCCGCGUCGUCGCCACCAGCCGGUCCAUCUCCUCCAUGGCCGACCUCGACGGCGACCCGAGGUUCCAUCUCCAGGAGCUCGAUGUGCUCUCCGAGGGGAGCGUAAAGCAGGUGGUCGGGGACGUGAUUGACAAGUUCGGCAAAAUCGAUGUGCUGGUCAACAAUGCCGGAGUCCAGUGCGUGGGCCCUCUCGCGGAGGUCCCGCUUUCUGCCCUCCAGAGGACGUUCGACACCAACGUCUAUGGAUCAUUGAGAAUGAUUCAAGCUGCUGUCCCUCACAUGGCAACCAGGAAGAAGGGAAAAGUUGCCAAUGUGGGGAGUGUUGCUGCUUUGACAAAUGGACCAUGGGCAGGUUCUUAUACUUCAUCAAAAGCUGCCCUUCACUCAAUGACUGAUACUCUCAGAUUGGAGCUAAAACCACUUGGAAUCGAUGUCAUCAACAUUGCUCCCGGUGCUAUCAAAUCGAACAUAGGAAACUCUGCAGUUUCCAGCUACAACAAGAUGCCCGAGUGGAAGCUGUAUAAGCCGUUCGAGGCAGUGAUACGUGACAGGGCUCACUUCUCUCAGGGAAUCAAAGCGACCCCUUCUGAAGAGUUUGCGAAGGAGGCCGUGUCUGCAAUACUAAGAAAGAAUCCGCCAGCUUGGUUCACCUACGGCCAGUAUUCCACCAUUAGUUGUGUUGCAUACCAUCUGCCAAUCUUCAUUCGGGACUUCAUAAUGAGGAAGGCAAUGAAAUGUUAGGUAUGACCCAGCUUCGGCAGGUCUGCCUUUGUACACCUUUGGCUUGUUCCCGCAACUUUCAGAACAUAAAAUUGUUCUCCCCAAAAAACAAGGAUGUUUAAAAUGGAGAAGAAAAGGUUGUCGUGAAGAAUAGUGGGGAAAAUGUUGA